UCAAUUCUCUCUCUCGAUUGCGCCGGGAGGAUGUUCAAGUUUCUCAAAGGAGUCGUCGCCGGAGCGGGCGCCGGCCUCAAGGAUCUUCCCUAUAACAUCGGCGAGCCCUACUCUUCUGCGUGGGGCUCCUGGGUGCACUAUCGUGGAACCUCUAAGGAUGAUGGAGCACCUGUCUCAAUAUUUUCUCUUUCAGGGAGCAGUGCAAACGAUGGACAUUUGGUUGCUGGCCGUAAUGGUGUUAAACGCUUGCGAACGGUUAGACAUCCAAAUAUUUUGUCAUUUCUACACAGUACAGAGGCUGAAUCUUUAGAUGGUUCUACUACUAAGUUGACCAUUUAUAUUGUGACUGAACCUGUUAUGCCUCUUUCGGAAAAGAUUAAGGAACUGGGGCUGGAAGGCAGCCAAAGGUGAAUUGAAUCAUUCUUGUUAGUUGCAGUUUCAAGAGUCUUUUUAUUGACAUGAAUUCUUUUGUUUAAAAUGAUGAUACAUAAAUCGUGUAUACUCUGAUCUGAUGUACCUUGUGCCAAGAUUUUGGGAAAGUGGAAAACUGUAGCCAGAUAGAUGGUUAACGUUUUUAUUGUUAAUUGUUUAUAUCACUGGCCUUAUUAUAA